AACUCCGGUUUUCAACCUUCUCAUGCAACUUCCUCUGUAUGUCCUCCAAAGUCUUGGUCCACUUCUGAAUUUUGUCCUCGUCGUUCCUGGUGACAGCUCUGUAGGCUAUGAAUGUGGCAAGACAAGAGACCCGGGCCGGACUGAGGACGAACAUCUUCUGGUUUCAGAACUGAUCCGUCAAAAAUGAGGAGCAUCAGAGGAGGUCCAGGAAAAAUGCAGAAGAUGAUAAUCGAGCUGAUGGUGCUGGUGGGACUCAUUGGUUUGAGUUACGGUGCCGUUCAGAGACCGGACUAUGAUGACACGCCCAACCCGGAGUUCUUCAACCCAUCCUGGAUGGCCAGCAUCCCCGAUGAUCAGCCGCUGUCUGAGGUCACCAUGCCUGGGACGCACAACACCAUGGCCCUGUACGGCGGUGUGUAUGCCGAGUGCCAGACGUGGAGCCUGGCCUCACAGCUUACAGCCGGCGUCCGCUUCCUAGACGUACGGGUCCGUCACGUCAAGGGGAAUCUCACCAUCCAUCAUGGGGUGUCCUAUCAGCGGGCCCACUUCGGCCACGUGCUGGAGGGUGUGGCUGACUUUCUGGGAGAGUAUCCCAGUGAGACAGUGCUGAUGCGUGUGAAGGAGGAGUUCAGUGAGACGUAUGACAUCUACGGUGCCGUGGUGGACUACAUCCAUCGCUACGCUCACUGGGACCUCCUGUGGCACAGCCGGCUCGUGCCGACCAUGGGAGAAGCCAGAGGGAAGCUCAUUGUCCUGCAAGACUUUCCUGGGCCGGACCUGGGGAUGCGCUAUGGUUCCCUGGACAUAGCCGAUGACUGGAGGGUACCAACACUUCUGCAUGUUGAGGAGAAAUGGCAGAGCGUCUAUGAACACCUGGAGGCGGCACCUGCAGGAGACAAGGCCCAGAUCUUCCUCACCUUCAGCAGUGGAGCUGGUGUGUUCGCGUACCCCAGAGCCGUAGCCCAGCGCAUCAACACACAACUGUACGACUACCUGAGGGCCAAGACGGACCUGAACCAACGCCUUGGAAUCGUCUGCAUGGACUUCCCUGCUGCUCCUAUUAUGCAGCUGAUUAUUGAUUUCCAACUGAGAGAGGUCGUAAAGAGAAAACAGGCCUUUAACACAGAGCCCAGCCAGGCAAGUUUGAAAUAUACAAUUUCUACACUGAGAAAGAAGAUGAUGAAACAUUUUAAUGUUAACGUCUGAGCCAGAAUAAAGUUCGAGGGAAUCGUAGACUGGUCGAUGAUUAUACGGUUAAUGAGGCAUCACUAUGGACACCAAAUACAGCAGCUGUAGCUCGGAUUCAAUAAUUAGGGUUAACUUUACUCAUUUACUGUAAUAAAUAUGAUUUAAAUUAUACCUCAGAUGGAACUUUAAAAUGUGUCAUUCACCAAAGAUACUAAAAACAAAAUAAAUGUCACAUCAGAACUGGAAACGUGUAGUUGUGCGCAGUAAUAAACUGCUGUGGAAGUUG